AUGUCUAUUUCAUCCCAAGACCAACCCACCCUCAAGCUCUCCGCCCGCGGGCCUGACGCCGCCAAAGAGAAUCCAAACGAGCUCGAGGCCUUCCUGGCCCUCUCAAUCACCUGCGUCGACGACCCCACCGGUCCGGAGAUUUUCGACGACGAAGCCAGUUACUCCCCUGAAGUGGCCGAAUACCCCGCCAACGAGAACUACGACGGGACUAAAAAACCUGUUGAGGUUGAGUCCGAAGAGCCCACCUCCGAGGAUGCCUCAACGGGUACCGAGAAGCCGGCUCUCUUCGCUCCUGGAGCGACUCUCAGGCGCCAGCGUCACCGCCGCGUCGUUACGAAGGACUGGAGGGACUUCAUUGCUACGGUUGAGCAGAAGGAGGAUGGGAGCUUGGUCGUUCCUGGGAUGAAGGAGGGGGAGCAGCUGCCAUUGAUGUGCCAUAGCUGUGGGGCGGAAUUGGAGGAUGAUGAGCCGCAUUGCCAGAUUUGA